AUGGCCCGGCAGGACGCCCGCGCGGCCGAGCGGGAGCGCGGGGCCGGCGUCGCCGAGGCGCUCGCCUCCCUGGAAGGCGCCCGCGCGGGGCUCCGCCAGCCGCAGGCAACAGACCCCGGCAGGAGCGCCAGCCGUGGCAGCCGAGGCCCGGGCAGCUGGGCCGGUGCCUCGGGCCGGCUCUCCGUGGGCCCCGGCGGCGCCCGGAGGAAGGGGCUGAAGGAAAUCCUCCUGCAGAGCAACGGCCCCGGCAGCGCCGCGUGGCUCGCGGCCGCGCAGAAGCUCUCCGACGGCGGCCUCCUCGGGGGGCCGCAGCAGGAGCCGCAGCCCGAGCGCAGCCCCGAGGUCCUGUCGCUGGCCCUGGACCCCCUGGAGCACGAGUGGCUCCUGACGGCAGCCCAGGGCGACGCGGAGAGCAUCCUCCGGCUGCUGGACCAGGACCCCAGCCUGCUCGCCCGGAAAGACUUUGUGACGGGCUUCACCGCUCUCCACUGGCUGGCCAAGCACGGCCACCACGAAAGCUUCAUCCGAGUCGUCUCCCACGCGCAGAAGAAGGGCUACGCGGUGGACGUGAACAUCCCCGCGGCCAGCGGUGGGCUCACCCCGCUGCACCUGGCCGCCCUGCAGGGGCACGAGAUGUUCGUCAAAGUGCUCGUCGGGGCUUACGGGGCGGACAGCAGCCGCAGGGACCACAGCGGGCGCAAGGCCUGGCAGUACCUGCCGGCGGCCGCCUCCCGGGAGCUGAAGGAGCUGGCGGGGGCCUUGGAGGAGGACUUGGUGCAGCUGGGCACCUGCAACACCAACAACAACUGUAAGUCAUCCCGGGAGGCCCAGGCUGGCGCAGGGGGCCGCGGGGACGCCAGGGCUGAGGGGAAAAACCGGCAGCGCCGGCGUCUGUUGACCCUCCGGGACUUUGUCAGACAGGCGUUUGCUUUCUUCCAAGAGCGCUGAAGCGUCCCCGGCC